CCGCGCCUGCCAGCGGCCGGGAGGCAGCGCCGCCGCUCCCGCCCCGCUCCUGCUGCCGCUCCGCAACUUUCGGGCAAGCGCCGACCCCUCCUCCUCGUCCCUUCGCCGGCGGCUGGGCACAGAGGAAAACGUUAGUGCACAAUGCUGAAAUUGGUGAUCUGGUCGCUGAGGCAGGUAUCCAAAAAGCAGCAGUCGCUGGAGCAGCUACAUUACUGUCGUUCUUCGUGCUAGCGUGAGGUUUAUGUGCCUCUGCGAGGAAGUGUAAGAACAAAGUGAACAUCUGCACCUUCACCAAAGCAACCACCUGCGUUCCUCUUCUCCUCUGGAAUGGACAAUGGGAUGGUCUCUGACUUUAUCAUGAUCAAAAACUUCUUCCUCUUCUGCGUUUCCAUGAGUUUAGCCAGCCACUUCGGCUUUUCACAAACACCAACGCCAUCAGUAAAAGAGGAGGCCAAUGAUAACAUCACCAUAUUCACCAGGAUCUUGGACGGUCUGCUGGACGGCUACGACAACAGACUGCGCCCAGGACUGGGAGAGAGAAUAACUCAGGUGAAAACAGACAUCUAUGUUACCAGUUUUGGUCCUGUGUCAGACACAGAAAUGGAAUACACCAUUGACGUUUUUUUCCGACAAAGCUGGAAAGAUGAAAGGCUGCGAUUCAAAGGACCUAUGCAACGCCUCCCUCUUAACAACUUGCUCGCCAGCAAGAUUUGGACCCCAGACACUUUUUUCCACAACGGCAAGAAGUCUAUAGCUCACAACAUGACAACCCCAAACAAACUUCUGCGCCUGGAGGAUGAUGGCACUCUGCUGUAUACCAUGAGAUUGACCAUCUCUGCUGAAUGUCCCAUGCAGCUUGAAGAUUUCCCCAUGGAUGCCCAUGCUUGCCCAUUAAAAUUUGGAAGCUAUGCUUACCCCAAUUCUGAAGUGAUCUAUGUGUGGACUAACAGCACCACGACGUCUGUGGUGGUGGCCGAAGAUGGCUCACGACUUAACCAGUACCACCUGAUGGGACAAACUGUGGGCACGGAAAACAUCAGUACCAGUACAGGUGAAUAUACUAUCAUGACAGCCCAUUUUCAUCUGAAAAGAAAAAUUGGUUAUUUUGUCAUCCAAACGUACCUUCCUUGCAUUAUGACUGUGAUCUUAUCGCAAGUGUCGUUUUGGCUAAACAGAGAAUCUGUCCCCGCUAGAACUGUCUUUGGAGUAACAACAGUCCUCACCAUGACCACCUUAAGUAUCAGUGCCCGUAAUUCUUUGCCAAAAGUGGCCUAUGCUACUGCAAUGGACUGGUUUAUAGCUGUUUGCUACGCCUUUGUAUUUUCGGCAUUGAUUGAAUUUGCAACAGUCAACUAUUUCACAAAGAGGAGUUGGGCAUGGGAUGGCAAAAAAGCCCAGGAAGCUGCAAAAAUCAAGAAAAAAGAGCGCAACUUACUGGGAAAUAAACCAACUAAUACCUACAGCACUGGGAAAAUGACUCCUGCACCAAACAUGCCAAAGGACUCAGCCCCAGCUGUCAUCUCAAACACUACAUCUGCUCCAGUGAAGCCUGCAGAAGAGAAGCCUGCUGAAAGUAAAAAGACUUACAACAGCAUCAGUAAGAUUGACAAAAUGUCUCGGAUCAUUUUUCCAGUGCUGUUUGGAACUUUUAACUUAGUUUACUGGGCCACAUAUUUGAAUAGGGAGCCUGUUAUUAAAGGUGCCAAUUCUCCAAAAUAAACUGAAGUACCCUGGAGCCACGUGUGAGCCAUACUUACAAAGCAGAUGCUACCAAGGAAAAUUUGCGAUCCAGAUGACUUUCUACAUUUGGGCAAUAUUCUUCAGGAAGUUUUUUGCAUGUUUAAUAAUAUGUACAAAUAAUAUUGCCUUGAUUGUUUCUACAUGUAACCUCAGAUGUUUUGGAGACGAUUAUAUAACUUACAGCAACGGAUCUUUAUAAAAGAUCAGAAGACAUUGAACAUGGCUUCUUUGCUGCUGAGUAUCUUGCAUUGAUAGUUUACAAAUAAAAUAAGUUAUAUUUUUUAACUGUUCAAGUGUACUACAUAUCGUGGGUUUUAUACUUCAGAUGUACAGUCAUACAAAUAUGGGCUUAACCUAUAUUUUACGGAAGAACUCCACUAUUGUCAUCUGAUAAGUUACUGAGUAACGCCAGUUGUAAAUGUGCCAAAUUAUUAAGUGCAGGGCUAUGUUUGAGCACCUUUACUAGCUACAGGUAGUGCAUUACUCCACAGACAAAACUGCUCAGCCCAAUUUUCAUUGGAAGUUUAAUACAAUGCAGUGAAUCCUAAUGGGACUAUGAAGAUUUUCACUGCUUGAGACUCUAGUUUGCAGUGAAAUAACAUAGACACCAGGAUGCUACUUAUGUAAAUAAAGAUGAUGGAAUCUUGCCCUUAAAUGAAAAGAUGAAGUUUGUUUGGAUUUUGCAUUCCAAGGAAUUCUCUCUAAUGAUUCUCAGUAUUUAUUCCAAAAAUUAAGAAUUACAUUGCAUGAAAUUAACAUAGAUUAGGAACACACUUGUGCAAAUAAAACUUCUAACAACAGCACUAGUCAUUUUUAUCAGGGUAAAGUAAAUUAUGUUUGGACAUUUUUCCAAGAAGAAGACUGUGAUAUAUUAGCAGAGAUUAGCAGAAAAGAAUUACAGUAAUUCUGCAAUAAUUAUUACUUGUUUCCCACUGCAAAAACCAAUCAGCCAACUCUAGGAAGUGUGAUCAGAAAAAAAGAUGUGCUUCUUGACAGCAAGGUGUUUCAGUGACAAUAUUGACAGAAAGGUCUUUGUACUGUCCAUCUGAAACUUUUCUAUAAAACGCCUUGCUGCUGACAAUGUGUUUUGCUUUCACAAUGAAUGAGAAAAUGCCGUCUGAGUUUUCAGCUCUUUCCUCCUUGGCAUCCUUUAAUUGUUCCAGAAGCUUUUGUAAUUAAAUCUUAAUGUUUAAAUAAAAAAUGCAUUCAACA